UUGCGUUUAUGUAAAUGAGUCUUAUCGAAGCUCACGGCGAUUGAGCGUCGUUGAAGUCAUUGGAGUGACCAAUGCUAUUGAAAAUGAGCACGGCAUCGCCGAACCAAUCACCAGCCAGCGGCUCAGCUCCGCCGCCAAACAAGAAGGCUAGGACAGUGACUAGGGAACCUGUAGCCAUAAGAGGACCCUUCCCUAACGUUCUGGGAGGUGGUGCCAUUAAUCUGACCAUAUCAAAUGGUGAGAUUCGUCCCCAAAUGGUAAACCAGAGUGGAGCCAUUAGAGCGCCUUCUACUGUGUCAGUGGCAGGGACAACUCAGCUCCUGCUCAGAACUAACCAGUUGACACCGACUGGUCUUGUACCACUUAAAGUGAUACCGCCGCCGGGCGGCUGCCGGAUGCCGUACAUGAGCGGAGGACCUGCGAUCACGGUGCCCGUAACCAGCAUGGUGCCCGUAACCAGCAUGGUGCUGCAGCAGGGACCGUGCGGCCCCAUCACCCUCGCACCCAUCAUCCCUGCUGGACUCGUGCCUCAGCCUCCCGCCGCGCACACGGGGUCGGCGAACCCGCUCCCUGUGACGGGCACGCAUCCGAUAGCAGCGCACAUGCACCGGCCGCAGGCGAUGUCCAUACUGGCGACUAUCCCACGCAGGAUCUCUCCCGGGGUCCCGGUAACAGCCGCCACAAGCACGGCAUGUGCAGUGUCUACAGUAGCCAUGCAGAUUGCCCAAAGGCCGGGAACGGUGAACAUCAUCAGUGGUGGACCACCACCAUCUGCAGCUGUUCCAAAGUCGAAGUCGGAGCCACCACCACUACAGCCUAUAGAGAUGGUGACCAGAACAGGAAGCAUUGAAUCAAAACUGACAGUGACACAGGUGACAGAGGUCUCAACGGGAGUGGUGACACCCAAAGCCGAAACAACUACUUCUACCUCUACAAAUACAUCUAGGAAAGAUCUUGCCGAUUCUGCAGUAAAAGAUCUUGGUAGUAAAAGCUCUGAGCCACAGAACACAGGUGGCAGCACUGGUGCUGGCGGCGGCGGUGGUGGUGGCGGUGGAGACUUCGAUGUAGUGGGUGCCAUGGACUGGAAAGAUGGUAUUGCAACACUUCCAGGCAGCAACCUGAAGUUUUGUUUAAACGAGUUUGGCAUUAUGGAAAUGAUCAUGGACACGGAAGAGAAGACAGCCUCUACCAAUAACACAGAAACGACCAUUGAAAGUGCAUCAGGUGAUAAGAAGGAGGAAGAGGAAAUCAAAACAGAAAUGAUAACUGGAGCUGAAACUGCUCACACAGCAGAGAGUGACAAGCCGAUACAACCCACAGAGCAUUCUGUAAAGAAAACUACAAACAAACCACUGAAGUCCGAGUCCAACAAGUCUACUGGAAAAGAAAAAUCACGAAAAGCAGAGGGCUUUGACCUUGAGCUGGCGACCAGCACGGGCGAGAUCUGCUGCUGUGAGAACUGCGGCGUGUACGGCCUGCGCAGUGACUUCUGCAAGUCUGGUCGCUUCUGCAGCAUGUCGUGUGUUGGCGCCUACGCCAUCAAAUACGUGCACCGGCCCAGUAAAAACGAUGAGGAUCCCCAAUCUGCAGCGGCGAAAAGAUCGCAGUCCGAAGCAGCCGCACGGAAACGAAAGAAGAAGUCGAUGGAUUACGGAGGAAAGGAUUUCCAGGUCAAGGACAGCAGGGACCUGAAAAUGAUAAUCAAGGUACCCAAGUCGGACUCUCUGGAUCUCGGAGCGGAAUCGGACCGCAGCGCGGGUUCGGAAUCCACAGGCGUCCGCAGGUUGGGCAAGAAGACGAAGAGUCUCUUCUGGAGCAAGUACCUGGAUGAGGAGAAGGCUGUGGCUGCACCAGUGAAGCUGUUUCGCGAGAAUCAAGGAUUUCCUACGAACAAGAAUGGCUUCAGGUUAGGUAUGCGACUGGAAGCCAUAGAUCCUCAGCAUCAGUCGCUAUUCUGUGUGGUCAGUGUGUCAGAGGUUAGAGGGUAUAGAUUCAGGCUGCAUUUUGAUGGCUACUCGGAGUGCUAUGACUUCUGGGUAAAUGCAGACUCUCCUGACGUCUUUCCUGUGGGCUUUUGUGAAAAGAAUGGUCACAAUCUGUCUCCACCAAAAGGAUACGUAAGUGAGACCUUCAACUGGUCCUGUUAUAUGAAGUCCAUCAAAGCAUCCUCUGCUCCAAGGCAUCUAUUCAGCGUCAAACAUAACACGUCUGUAAUACCACACGGCUUUCGCAUCGGCUCAAAACUCGAGGCAGUCGACAAGAAGAAUACGGCGCUUACCUGCGUUGCCACGGUAGCAAACGUGCUCGAUAAUCGCUUUCUCAUCCAUUUCGACGGAUGGGAGGAUUGCUAUGACUACUGGGCAGAUGCUUCGUCGCCUUACGUCCAUCCCGUAGGCUGGUGCCAGGAGAAUAGCCGCGUGCUAUCACCGCCAAACGACUGCGAUGAUAUAGAGAAUUUCACGUGGGAGAAGUAUUUGAAGCAGAGCAAUUCCAUAACGGCUCCGGCAAGGGCUUUCAAGCAGCAUUCGCCGCACGGUUUCCGGAUCGGCAUGAAGCUGGAGGCAGUCGAUCCGCGUAACCCCGUGCUCGUGCGCGUCGCGACGAUCGCCAUGACGACCGAUCACAUGCUCAAGCUGCACUUUGAUGGCUGGAGCGAGGUGUACGACUACUGGAUCGACGACGACUGCCCGGACAUACACCCGGCCGGCUGGUGCACCAAGACUGGCCACACGAUUACGCCACCGAUCACUCCGCUUGACCUCGUCGAGAAUGGCCAGAAUUCCGGAUGCCCGACGCCCGGAUGCAAGGGCAUCGGUCACAUCAAGGGUGCCAAGUACACGGGCCACCACAGCGCGUUCGGCUGCCCCUACUCGGAACUCAACAUGAACAAGAUGAGCAUUGGUCUCGGACUGCUGGACAGGAUGGGUCCGACGCGAGACUCGGUUGCCGACAGCAAGGCUGGAGAAGCGCACAGCUCAAUGGAGAUCGGAAAAUGCCCGUAUCCAGACUGUGAUGGUUCAGGCCAUAUAACGGGCAAGUGGACCACACAUCACAAGCUCUCUGGCUGUCCACUCGCGCAACAGCAAGCACAGGUCAACAACGAGAUGACCGAAGACGUCAACAUGUUGACUGACUCUCUGACUGGGAAGCGUGGAAGACCAGGCAGGAGACGACGACGGCAUCUGCUACUACUGAGGCGUGUAAAGCGCGAGCAGAAGUCAACAACGCCACCUAGUGAGCCAAAAGAUGAUGAGCAGACUGAGUUAGAGAGAUUAUUACAUCACUCUGUCUUCUUGCCUCCCAUUAACCAAACUAACGAGGACCUCCCGCUAGGCUGGGAGAACCACUCUAAGUUGCUGCCGGCCGUCAACGAGUGUGAGGUGCGCGAGGUCGCUGGCUGGUCGGUCGAUGAUGUCGUCAGGUUCAUCAGGCGUCUGCCUGGCUGCGAGCAGCACGCUCUCAUGUUCAAGGAAGAGCAAAUUGACGGGGAGGCGCUGCUGCUGCUGGCGCAGGCUGACAUCGUCAAGAUACUCAACGUGCGGCUCGGGCCAGCGAUCAAGAUCUACAGCAGCAUUCUGCUCCUACACGGCGGCACUAGCAACAACAACAGCCGCAGCCACUCAGUCAACAGCAGCUGAGGUGCAGCCGGACACGAGCGAGACAGCGUGAAGCGCGUGCAUCACGGGGACGUGUAACUUACAAUUACAAAUUACAAUUACAUUAAAUCGCGGUAACAAUGAGAAUAAUGGCAGCGAUCGGUCGGUCGUCAGCAGCUGAGGUACGAUUGGCUGGAAGACCGCUGCGCCUUCCCACGAGUUCACCAGCACGUGCAUCUGCUUGUAUUCUAGUACAAAGAGUAGAGAGUUCAGCCUCCUUUCAAAGUGCAGCAGGUGAUGAUGUAUAGCAGCAUUUAAUAAAUUCCCCCAUCUUAGUAACAGUACACUAAAUUUCUCAGACAUAAGCGCACGGUUAUCUGUUUCGUGUCUGUGCGUGCGUUGGUUAUCGUGUAGGGGAAUCGCGUGUGUUCCGUGCAGACGGGUUGUCAGACCGGUAACUAUGGCCUUGCAUAACAAUGUCGAGUGUGUUUAUUUAUUUCUAUCUUCGUUCCAUUUCAAAACUCGGUUAACUGCAGUGUGGGAAGUCUCCAACCUAACUAGCAUGCACCUAACAUGCACUGCAUCGUAGCAAGCUCUUCCUUUGGUUUUGCUGGCACCAGCAGCUAUCAUCAGUUAAUAAUGCUGCAUGUGUCUAAAAUUGUAAAUACUUUGCGAAUAAGCCACAACCGGCUGAUGCCAGCUUGGACAGAACGGGUGUGGAUGAGGGCCGAGUACAGACAAGGUAACAGCUUGCUGUUGUUUUCACAUUUAGCCGAAUCGCUGUAGCAUCUUGUGCUAAUUACAGGAAUAAUGAGAAACAAGCAGUAUACUCCCAUGGGGUAGGAAGGAUGAUUGAUUGCUACUCUACUUUGAUUUCAGCUUCUAUUUUGUCGUCCAUCAGCAAACAAACCUAUCGGACGUAGACGCCUUCGACGUGUAUGUUACUUUUUACGUUAUGGCAUUUGGUUUGAAGCGCUGCAAUUUGGAAGCACACGUGUAAGCACGCACCAAGUUUAUUGAUUCACCAUUCGAACAUUCCCAAUAGUUGUGUGAUAUAGCUAGUCAGAAUGUGAUAGGGGAGCAGUCGUAUGUUAGUUACGGAUUGUAUUAGUAUUGUCGACAAUGAUCUAGAGAUAGAGACGAGAGACAGAGAGAGAGAGAGAGAGCGAGAGAGAAGGGGGAGCUAGGGAGAGAGAGUGAGCGAGAGGAGAGAGAG